AUGAAUUUUAAUAAUUUUGGUAUUAACAAAUGCAUAGUAGAAGCAUUCGAAAAAAUGAAUUUCAAGAAACCUUCUUUAAUUUAACAAAAGUCCAUUCCAUCUAUAUUGUAAAAAGAGGAUGUCAUUUGUUAAGGAGAAGCUGGCACUGGAAAGACAUUGUGCUUUUUAGUGUAGGUACUAUAAUAUGGAUUGGAAAUAUAAUAAGAUGCUUAUGAAAGGAAGGCUAGAAUUCAAUAAACUUUGGUUGUUGAUAAUACCAUUUAAAAUUUUGAGAAUCCUUUGCCAUUUGCAUUAAUUAUUGUACCUACGAGAGAAUUAGCCAUAUAAAUCACUGACAUAUUAACAAAACUUGUAAAUAAAUUGGAAGGAGUAGAGAAGGACUAUUUUCAAUCUCAUCUGUUUAUUGGAGGAUUGCCUGUCGAACAAGAUAGAGAUGUUCUUAAAACAAGAAGAUGCACUAUAAUAAUAGGCACAGUAGGAAGAAUUAUGUAAAUGAUUCAGGAAAAGUUAAUGAAUUUGUGCAAUAUAAAAUUGUUGGUAUUGGAUGAAGCAGAUAAAUUACAUGAGAAUUAUACUUUUUAGCCUCAUUUUAAGAAGAUAUUGGCAAAUAUUGUAGGUAGGAAUUAGGAUUAAAAUAAACCUUAAAUAUUAUGUUUCUCUGCAACAUAUCCUACCAAAAUAAUUGGUUUGAUAUAGUUAUGUCUGAGCAAUCCUAAACUAAUUAAAUCAAAUGAGGAAAUAUGCCUAGAGAAUCUGACGUAAUUUUACAUUAAGUUAAAUUAUGAUGAUGAAAAUAAAUCUAAAUACCAAACAAAAACUGAAGCAAUUGCUAAAAUAAUGAAAUAGUUAUCAAUCAAGUAAACUAUAAUCUUUUAUAAUGACAAAGUUAGAGGAGAAAAUCUAUUUAUGGAUCUUAAGGCUGAAGGUUUUAAUCCAGUGCUUAUUCACGGAGAUUUAACUUAAUCUGAUAGAAUAAAAAUGAUGCAUUAACUCAAAAGAAACAAGGCAAAUUUGAUUAUUUCCACAGAUUUGCUCUCCCGAGGAAUUGACGUCGAUACUCUGGAUCUGGUUAUUCAUUUUGAUACUCCCUCUUCUUAUGAAACCUAUUUACAUAGGAUAGGAAGAACAGGUCGUUUUGGAACUUUUGGUAUGUCAUUAUUACUUGAACAAACAAAUUUUAAGGAUGUGUACGAGUUUAUUGAAGAAGAGAUUCCGAGAUUGAAUACCAAAUUAGAUGAGAAGCAUUGUAAUAUGGUUGAAAAGAAGGAGUUUUAUGCUGAAUUUUUAAAUGGGGUUUCUGACUGGAAAUAAACCAAUUACAAGUUUUAUGAUGAAAACAAAUUUCAAUAUUAUGAGGAUGAACAAAAGGAGAAAGAUUAAAAGGAUAACUUUGAGAAAGAGGAGAUCGUAAUUAGACCUAGAAAAUAAAAAAAAAUAUAGGAAUGUGAUGAUAACCAAAAUUAAUAACAACAGAUGGAUGUAGAAGUAUAAGAAAAAGUAAUAACUACUAAAUAGAAUUAAUUAAUAAAAUAUAUUAUAAUGUAAAUGUUGUAGAGAGUUUUAUUCAUAAUUAAAAUGUUUAAGUAAUGA